AUGCUUUUAUUACUACUUUUUAUUCAAUUAACUAUAGCCAUAAAGCUACUCGAUUCUUCAGUGGCUUCCGUGUGUGUCCAAAAAUCACUUCAGCCGAUUCUACCUGCUUGUUUAUCUCAAGGAAUAGAGUCAUUGGAUCCUAAUUUACGCAAGAUCCUGGCAAUAAAGCUCGCCCUAUGUGAGUUUCAGAACGCAGGAAUCUUGUACCCAUCAGCAUGCAACCAUCUUGACGAAGAACUAGAGUUGUGUAUUGAAAAUUUGGAGAAGUCACCCCAGUACUGGACCACAUUCAGUGGCUAUUAUCGAGAAAUACAGACAAUUUGUUACGAGGAAUCCCUACCUUAUCAAAAAGAUCACGUAAUUUCUCUUUUCAACAACAUCACU